AUGCACCACGAUGAUGGCACAGAUGGCACAGAUAAGGAUUUGGAUAACAACAGCCUGAGAUCGAUAAGGGAACUUGGCGCUGCAACGUUCAUCAAACGUAUUUAUGAUGAUGACAGCACGGAUGACAGCACAGAUAUCCGGCGAGUGAUCAGGGACCUGGACAGCGAGUGCACUGGAUUAGAGAGGAAGUCUUCAGUGCAAUUGAAGCAGCUGCUCAAACGUAAAGCCAUUCAAAUUGGUAAACAGCGCAGUAGAAUUUCAAUUCCGGAGACCUAUGAUGCAGCAAUAAACCUGAUUUCCAUCUCUUCAAACAUCUUAGUCGUCUCUGGCGCCGGUAUAUCUGUCAAUCGUGGAAUCCCCGACUUCCGCUCUCCAGACGGUAUCUACGACCAGAUUAAGCGACGCAAUUAUCCAGAAAUAGACGAACCUGAACAGAUUUUUGACUUGGCUACCUUUGUAGCACAUCCAAGACUCUUUUACUCAGUGGCCAAGAACAUUAUGCCGACUCAUUUCAGUCCCGGCCCUGCCCAUAAAUUUGUCAAGGCUUUACAGGAUAGUGAUACACUGCUGAGAAAUUACACCCAAAACAUAGGUAUGUCCCCCCUUGAGCGUAAAGCUGGGGUAGACCUUCUGCUCGAAUGUCACGGAACAUUCGCUUUUCUUGAGUGUCUGCGAUGUGGCGAGAUGUACAAUACAGAUGAUUUCUCACACGUGAUACUUGGGGGAGGUGUGCCCGUCUGUACGAAAAAAUGUAUUAAAGAAUACAGACGUAGACGCAAGAAACGCAAAAGCGAUUCAACUGAUAACAAUACAGUCGCACCACUGGAUGUGUCUGAUGAUGCUGUUAUUACAUUCUUCGAUACCAAAAAUGAAGAUAUACCCUACUUGAAGCCUACCAUUACAUUUUUCGGUGAAGAUGUUCACUCUGAUUAUGAACAAAGAGUUCUAGACGACUCUCAGGCCACCGAUCUCAUUCUGGUGCUGGGUACUUCCAUGUCCGUUGCACCGAUAUCAGAGUUUAUCUCACACAUACCCCACAAAGUUCCCAUCGUAGUAAUAAACAAAACGCCCAUCAAAGGCCUGGAACCAGACGUGAGUGGGGCAUGA